UUCGCAGGCAAGUGAGUAUUUCCCCGUCUUUGCUCCGCAAGCAUUUUAUGUUUGGAUGCACGUUCUUCGCCAAAAAAAUGCCUAAAAGAUCUUAUCCUUUCGCUGAAUCUUUCUCAUCGCAGUAUAAAAUUCACAUUGGACAACAGGAGUUUAACGAUCACGGCGUAUAUGGGGACAAGUACAGACAAGAAAUCUACGAAAAGACAAAGACCCUGCUCUUCAAUGGUACUAAAGCUGUCAUGGGGAAAAUCUGGAAUAUAGAUACGGAGAAGUGUUCAACAAUACAGUCUUCGGGGCCAGGUGUGACACCUGACGUGAGCCGGACACUACUGAGGGGACAGACACUGAUUGGACAGGAUGGCAGACUUACACGUGUCCAAGGUGCUGUGUUGGUUUCAAAGGGCAGUUGUGUGUGUCAGAAGGCCCAGAUGACCAGGAGACAGUGCUCCCAGUGCGACCGCCCAGCCUGCCCCUCCUGCAUCCAGCAGUGCUCCAACUGCUCCAGCCCCUGUUGCUCUGUCUGCACGGUCAUCGAUUACAGUGGCCAGUAUGAGCAAGUACUGUGCUGCGGCUGCUCAUCGUAAUCAACUGGCCAUGAAGAAAAUUAAGCAUUAUGCUUGAAUGUUGUAAUUUUACAUUAAAUAUUCUUAACUCUAAAUUGUUAUACAUGUUUAUGCUUAUUUUUUUAAAAUUCUAACCAUGAUCCAACUGUGUUUUUGUAUAUAUGUAUUUUGCUAUGUUUGUGGAAUAAAUACUUGGACGCUUUA